AUGAAGCAAAUACUGAUAGGGUUAUCAUCGACGGGCACCUCUAUGGUCCACAUAUCACGAUCUCAAUCGAUAAGGUAUUUGACAUACUUGCAUUCAGGGUCACGUAUCCGUGGUAUAAAACGUGAUCCAGCUUCGUUUUUGAAGAAUCCAAAUGGACUAAAUUAUGAAUCGUUAAAGCCGGAAACGUACCAUGAUCAAAUCAAAUCCAUAUUAAGAUUGAACGAUUUCCAAAUCGAUUUAUCAAAUGAUAUUAUAUUACAAUGUAUGACACACAAAUCGUUUGCUCAUGGUUCAAGACCGUAUAAUGAAAAAUUAAGUUUGUUAGGUUCCCAAUUUAUAAAAUUUAGAGCAUCUGUUCAUUCCAUCCUGCAUGAAUCAGCAUCAAUUAAACCUGACUUUUCUCAAUUGGGUUCGAUAAAGAGUAGAACUUUGGUUUCUAGGGAAACCUCUGCUCAAUUCAUCAUCUCUAAUAAAUUGAAGGGCUUUGUUUUCUGGAAAAUGAGAGAUCCUCUGGGUAAUAGCGUUCGUAAUGGCCAAUCAACUGUAUUUUCUACUGUGACCACAUCACUGGUUGGUGCCAUACUAACGACUAAUGGUGAAACGAAGGCUACAAAAUUUGUUGAUGAAUUAUUAUUAAAAGAGAAUUCAAAUCCCAUAUCGUUGAUCGAUAUAACAAAUGAACAUUCUUUUCCUGAACAUACUACAGCCGAAGGGGUAAGAAGCACGAGAGAGGAAUGA